AUGGGGAACUUCCUGAGGGAGAGUGUCUCCUUUCUUGGACAGUUGCAGUGCGAAUUUAGUGCAGCGUUGAUGUUAUCUCUGAUGAAGGAUCAUCGCCGUGGGUGGACGACGACGGAUGGAGUCGUUGUUAGACUGUCCAAACUUUGGGCUGCGCAGUCGACGAGCCCGAAAAACUACUUAAGUACUGCUAUUGCUCGUCUUUUUUGUGCUUCCAUUAUCCCUUCGAAUCAUCCAAUUCAGCCGGUCGGGUCGAAGUCCUUUGUUCCCUCCCUUGUCCUACUCAAUCAAGCUCUCUUUUGUAUAUACAGGCUACGCUGUUCCCUCCCUUGUCCUACUCAAUCAAGCUCUCUUUUGUAUAUACAGGCUACGCGCCGCUUCUUUUUCUUCUUCUUCUUCUUCUUCUCUCGGCUCUGA